AUGAGGACACAGGAGAAAGCAAAUAGCUUUGAAGAAUAUUUGUUAAAAUAGAGGUAAGCUCUCUUUUGAAGUUUCAGUGUACGAUACACAAAUAUUCAGAUAGUUUGUUUGGAUACUAAUUGAAUUGGUUUGAAUUGAUUGUGUCCUUUUGUGAGAAGCCAAAGAUAGCUUUCAGCACAAUGGACUCGUGAGGAGAAUAAAAGAGAAUGAAAUGAUUCUUGUCAUUCUUUCACAAUAGAUGAUGAUCUUGAUCCAUUGGAUAACGACUUAUUUCCUGUUUUGAUGAAAGGCGGUCCUUUUUUCCAAACCUCUGGUAUUUUGUCUGUACCCUUUUGCACUCUUGUAAAGUGUCAANGUAAGAGAGUUUCCACUCAAAGGUUCGGCUUUCGUUUUAUUAUUCGCGGUUGUGUAGAAUCAGAUGGUGGAUUAUGGAAGCGAGGUGAAGAAGUGGAUAGAAAAAGGAAGGAAUGGAUUCUACAUCGUCGUGAAUUACGAAAUACUAUAGUUGAAGAACAAUGGAACCAACUGAUAUGGAAAUUUGAACAAAGAGCACGAGCUACAGGACAAAGCGACUACUUUCAAGAUGCUUCUGAGGAUGGUUAUUCUUUGGAAGAUGUAGAUGAAACACAGUUAGGCAAACGUGCUUCUUCUCCUUUAUCCAUAGCUCCGCCAGUUAUUGAGACAGGUCUUUGCGUUGCUGCUGUUCGAACUUUGUUGUUUGUUUCAAGGGUUUCUCGUUGGAAAGACUUUUUCAGUGUUGCAGGACCCAUCCCUAUUGUGUAUAUUGCCUUACGUUGGGGUCCUCGAUAUAGUCGAUUGGCUCUUUGUUUAUUAUUUUGUUUUUUUGUGCUUCGUCCUGGACCUCUCUAUUGUUUGCAGUACAUGUUGACACAAGGACUUGCCGUUGGGGUUCUCACACAUACUAUGUGGUGCCAGUGGAAUUGGUUGUUUUGCAUCUUAUCAAGUACUAUUGCCUAUUUGUUCGGAAUCAUGCUCGAAAUUAGUUUAACUUCUUUUGUAUUUGGUAAGAAUACGUGGACAUUGAUUACUCAACAAUCGGUGCAACUCUUCAUCCGAUUGUUUCCUUUUCUUCGUUCUCAUUUGGACGCUUCAUUGCUGGUGAAGAUAGCCAUAUUGGUAUUCCUCUUUGUUCAUUCUUUAGUACAUGUUAUCUCCAUUUAUAUUCCUUGCACUCUCUUUCUUUCAGCUGUUGCAGUUCGAAUGAAUUUGCUGUCAAGAAGACCCAGUUUACUACCAGGAAUGCAAAAGUUGAUUGACCAACUAGAGAAAUCAAAUGAACGUCGCUUUUAAACGAAUAGAGUGAAUAACCACAUU